UUCAAAGUCUUUACAAACUUCAUUUUCAUUGACUAAUUGCUUGAAAUGACAUCUUAAGUGAAAACAGAAAAGAACAAUAAAUUAAUCCAGGAGAGGAGAGUGUACAGAAAGGCUGACCUUUAUUUUGACGGGAUUGCAGCCUGUACAGAAGCUCGUGACAGACCACUUGACUUAAUUUAGACUGUCACGUGAUCGUUGUUAUCGAAAACAAGGAUGUGAGCUAAAACAAUAUACAGAGCUGCAAGAAAGACAGCAACUUUAGUGUUUCUGCGAGCCUGAAGCAGAAAUGAAGUAUUCCGUUUAUUUUCUUCACGCCGUGCUUCUCUGUUGGAUUGUGGGGCUGGUCGUUUCUAGCGUGAGUGGAAAGCAGGUCUGGCCAGUGCCUUACAAGCGAGUCGACAAGCGUCCAGAUGUUGAUCCCUUCUGCCAGGCUUUAUACCCAUUCUGUCCCACUGGAGAUCCAAUUGGUCAGAUACCUGUCAUGAAAGACUCUGACCUCAUCUCCAUCUUCAGACUUCAGACUCCUGUGUGGGAGUUCAAAUACGGUGACAUCAUGGGAAAGUUUCAUGUCAUGCAUGAUGCCGUCGGCUUUGCGAGUGCAAAUACCGGAAGAAACUACACUAUGGAGUGGUACGAGCUGUUUCAGCUUGGCAAUUGCACAUUUCCUCAUGAAAGAGAGGGUAUGAGUGCUCCUUUCUGGUGUAACCAGGGAGCCGCUUGCUUCUAUGACGGCAUUGAUGAUAUACACUGGAAACAGAAUGGGAGUCUGGAGAAAAUAGGAGAAAUUUCAGGCAAGUUGUUUAAUGAAAUGGCUCGCUGGGUUCAGGAGGACAAUGAAACGGGUGUUUAUUACGAGACUUGGACAGUAAAGUCCGACUCCAGUGCCAACGCCACAACAUGGUUCGACUCCUACGAUUGUUCCCAGUUUGUUCACCGCACAUAUAAGAAACUAAUGGACCUGGGAACACAACUGUCCAGCCAGACUCCACUGAAAUACACAAAGAUCUAUCUGUACAGCGGAGAGCCUCUCUAUUUGGGGGAUGACAGCAUCUUUCAGCAGUCUUCUACAAAAGAUCUGGCCACAGACAUCAGACAGUUUUAUUACUCGUUUCGCUCUCACCAAUCAAUGGUAGAGAUGAUCAAGAGUCUGUUGGAGGCUCUUGAAAAGAUGGUCGUGGAAAAAACUUUUUAUUUCUACUACAACUCUCAGUACUGGAAGUUGCCCAUGAAAUAUCCUUACUUAAAGAUCACCUACGAGGAGAUACCUUUUCCAUGACUGAACACUUUUGGGUAAAAGAUAUUUGGUACAACAUAAGCGAUCGAUUUUUAAAUGGAACACUCUGUUCUCUGUUAAAACAAAACCUGUUAAUUAACAAUUUCUGUAUUUUGUGAUUCACAAGUGUUUCCAUUAAUUUACGAUUGUGAAUUGCAUUAUGGGAUGUAGAUCUCUGCUUUGUCAACUUUUGAUGUUGAAAAUUGAACUCAACAUUUUAACAAAAUGACUUUUAUUGACAUUUUAGUAGAUUGAAAAAAUAUAAUGUAUAAUAUAAUGUAUAUACAGAGCAUCUGGAAAGUAUUCAUAGCGCUUCACUUUUUCCACAUAUUUUUGUUACAGCCUUAAAUCCAUUUAUUUCCUCAAAAUUCUACACACAAUACCCCAUAAUGACAAUGUGGAAAAAAGAGUUUUUUUGAAAUUGUUGCAAAUUUAUUAAAAAUAAAAAACCUGAAACAUUACAUGUACAUAAGUAUUCACAGCCUUUGCUCAACACUUUGUUGAUGCACCUUUGGCAACAAUUCCAGCUUCAAGUAUUUUUGAAUAUGAUGCCACAAGCUUGGCACACCUGUCUUUGGGAAUUUUUGCCCAUUCCUCUUUGCAGUACCUCUCAAGAUCUAUCAGGUUGGAUGAGAAGCGACAGUGCACAGCCAUUUUCAGAUCUCUCCAGAGAUGUUCAUUAGGAUUUAGAUCUGGGCUCUGGCUGGGCCACUCAAGGACAUUCACCGAGUUGUUGUGAAGCCACUCCAUUGAUAUUUUGGCGGUGUGCUUUGGGUCAUUGUCCUGCUGGAAUAUGAACCGUCGCCCCAGUCUGAGGUCAAGAGCACUCUGAAGCAGGUUUUCAUUCAGGAUGUCUCUGUACUUUGCCGCAUUCAUCUUUCCCUCUAUCGUGACUAGUCUUCCAGUUCCUGCUGCUGAAAAACAUCCCCACAGCAUGAUGCUGCCACCACCAUGCUUCACUGUAAGGAUGGUAUUAGCCUGGUGAUGAGCGGUGCCUGGUUUUCUCCAAACGUAACGCCUGGCAUUCACUCCAAACAGUUCAAUUUUAAUCUCAUCAGAAUAGAGAAUUUAGUUUUUUAUAGUCUGAGAGUCCUUCAGAUGCCUUUUGACAAAUUCCAGGCAGGGAGGCUUCCGUCUGGCCACUCUACCAUACAGGUCUGAUUGGUGGAUUGCCGCACAGAUGGUUGUCCUUCAGUAAGGUUUUUCUCUCUCCAGUUCUGGUGAUUCCAAACAUCUUCCACUUACGGUUGAUAGAGGCCACUGUGCUCAUUGGAACUUUCAGAGCGGCAGAAAAUUUUCUGUAACCUUCCCCAACCUUGUGCCUCGAGACAAUCUUGUCUAGGAGCUCUACAGACAAUUCCUUUGUCUUCAUGCUUGGUUUGUGCUUUGACAUGCACUAUCAACCCUGGGACCUAAUAUAGACAGAUGUGCCUUUUCAAAUCAUGUCCAAUCAACUGAAUUUACCACAGGUGAACUCCAAUUAAGCUGAUGAAACAUCAUCAGUGGAAACAGAAUUUACCUGAGCUCAAGUUAGAGCUUCACGCCAAAGGCUGUGAAUACUUCUGUACAUGUGAUUUUUCAGUUUUUUUUUUAUCUUUAUAAGAUUGCAACAAUUUGCAGUCUUUUUUCACAUUGUCAUUAUGGGGUAUUGUGUGUAGAAUUUUGAGGAAAUAAAUUAAUUUAAUCCAUUUUGGAAUAAGACUGUAACAUAAAAAAAUGUGGAAAAAGUGAAGCGCUAUGAAUACUUUCCAGAUGUACUGUGUACAACACCAACCCAGACAAUAUAUCACUUUAUACUAUUAAAAAUGUUCAUAGAAGUCACUUUUUUUGAACUUUUCAAGGUUAAAUGUUGUUGGAAGAAAGAUCAACAACCCAUAAAUGCAAUUCAAGUACAUAAACAAACAGGGGGAAAAAAUAUGUAUCACAAUACACAGAAAGCUGCAAAUUUACUGAUAUUUAUUUACAGUGUACCAUCCUAAAACUGCUGAACAACACCAAUACUUGUCUUGGGACAAUUUUGAUCCACUUCAAAUGUUGACUACAUUUCCAAACCAUAUCAACAAAGAAAAUAGCUCAUUUUUAUUUUUUGUCAGUCUUAGUAGGUGAUGUAACCACAGCAGAGUCAAGAUCUAAACAGUAAAAUGAUCUAAACUCAUUUUUGAGUGAAAUGCUAAUGGUCUAAUCCGAUUCAAUGAUCUAUGCUAAGCUAAGCUACAAAUGCUCCCUCAAGACCUGGGCCCAGUUUUUCCAAAAGCAAUCCAGUAGGAUUUUGGAUCAUGGAUUGGAUCAAAUCUUGGAAAUGUAUAUAUUUUUUUUUUCAAAAGUAACAGGGGUUUUUUAAUUAAGAUCAGACCAUGCAAUCCAAUCUUACAUUUGAUUUAAAUCAAACCUACCCUUUGGGUUAUUCAAAACCUUGAACUCCGGUUGGGAUCUAUUUGAUAAAAAAAUAAAUAAAAAUUAUCCUGAUCCAAUCAGAAGGGUAGAUUCAGUUGUGAUAUAUUUUUAAAUCAAUUAAAAUAAAUAAAGUUUUAUUUUUUUAAGUGAAUGAUCACAAACUUAAUGGUUACUGAUGAUAUAUAACUACUUUCAUAUUUGAAGCAUGUCACAUCUAAUGAAAUAUGGUAAACAACAACAAAACAAUAUCAAAGCAGUUUUGUAUUAGAGCAAACUAAAAAAUGUCAAAUGUUUGUUGAUUGCAGUGUUUCUGUUUCUUAUCAUAAAAAACAAACACUGGGUGUUUGUGGCCGCUGGUAUUUUGCCUACCUGUUGAUCUUUGCUAAGCCAGUAUUUGGAUCACAGUGAUUUAAUCCAAUGUUCCUUCAAAAACUGUCAUAAAAUUAAGAUACAUCAGUUAAUCCUGGAUAGCAAAACAUGGGAUUUCUAAAUCUGGACCAAUUUGAUCCAGAUAAAAGAUAUCUUGUAAGAUACUGUGUGUUACAAAUAUAGUAUUAUUUGAUACAUUUGUAAAGUUUUCAUAACAUUUUGGGCAUGAAAUCCAGGCUCAAUCCACCCUUCUGAUGGGAUCAGUUUAAUCCAGAUUUUUUGGAUCAAAGUGAUCCAAAUUCUACAUCUAAAGGUUUGAUCCGGAUCCAAACCAGGACUGGAUUACGUGAUCUAAUCCAAUUAUGUUAUCGUUUUUUUCUUUUGAAAAACCCAUUUUCAAGAUUUGAUCCAAUCUGUUAUCCAAAAUCCUAGUGGAUUACUUUUGAAAAACCGGGCCCUGGAGAUCAGAUGAAUGGAUUAAAUGGAAUCUGAUCUUUUUAACUGUUGGGGACUUGACUAAAAAUUAGCCUUUUUUAAAUUUUUUAUUUAAGUGUUGCUUGAAAUUUUCUGCACUAUAGAUGAUAUCCAAGAUACGUGUUAAAUUUUGUACUAAUUUUAUACAACACAUUUACAAAUGUCAACUUGACAAUGAACAUGACUUGCAAAACAUUGACAACACACAAUAUCUGCACAAAUGUUUAUUUGCCAUUAUUUAAUUCAACAAACGACAAUAUGUUAUAAUCGUGUUUGUACAGCUCAAAAUAAAUGUGAUUAUUUCAUAUUCGCAAUACAAGCAAUAUGCUCACUUGCUUCAGAAAAACAAAUACAUAAGCACUUGGUUUGAUGCUGUUUUAAAUGGCUCUGAGUUAAAUCAAGACUAAAACUUAAGCUUCAUUCUUAUUUUAAUAAAAUAACACUUGUAUGUGAACAGUUAA